AAUUUCCUAUCUCUUUCAUCUUGUUUCAACUUUCUCUCUGCGUCCCCUCUCAGUGCCAUAAUUGUAUCUCUCCAGGUAGCAAAAUAUGUGCGAGGGGGAGAAGCUGGACAACGGUUUCACCGAAGGAGAUGAAGAAUUUUCAAAUUCUUCCAUCAAUCAGGUUGAUCCUGGGAUACCUGCAUUGCUAACAUGGCAGAGAAAAUUAAACGGCGAGGGAAAUACCCCUGUGUCGUUCUCUAUAUCUUUGAAGGAAGUAAUUCAUUUGGCUCCAAUAGGUUUUCGUCUAUGGCGUCAUGUUCAAGAAGAAGCUGCAAAGGGAAGGGGGGCUCUAAUGAAUCCAUUUUCUAAGCGUCAUGUAACAUCUAAUCAUGGCGUUCCUCUAGGCGGUAUCGGUGCAGGAAGCAUCGGUAGAAGUUACAAAGGCGAAUUUAAGCGUUGGCAACUAUUUCCGAGAAUGUGUGAAGACAAACCCGUUUUAGCAAAUCAAUUUUCUGCUUUUGUUUCGCGUCCUAACGGUGAAAAGUAUUCUACUGUCCUGUGCCCAAGGAGCCCGGAGAUUGUCAAAGAAACCGAAGUUUCCGGGAUCGGAUCUUGGGACUGGAAUCUCGAUGGACAUAGUUCUACAUAUCAUGCUUUGUUCCCAAGAUCAUGGACUGUUUAUGAGGGUGAACCUGACCCAAAACUUAGAAUUGUUUGCCGUCAAAUUUCUCCUUUUAUUCCCCAUAAUUAUAAGGAGAGCAGCUUUCCUGUCUCAGUUUUUACUUUUACGCUAUACAAUUCUGGACAGACUGCUGCAGAUGUUACCCUGCUUUUUACAUGGGCUAAUUCUGUUGGAGGGCUUUCCGAAUUUUCUGGUCAUCACUCCAAUUCGAAAACGGGGGUGAAGGACAGAGUGCAUGGUGUACUUCUACAUCACAAGACAGCGAACGGACUGCCCCCAUUGACUUUUGCUAUAGCGGCGGAGCAGACUGAUGGCAUUCAUGUGUCAGAAUGCCCCCGUUUUGUGAUAGCCGGUAACUCAAAGGGUAUCACUGCAAAAGAAAUGUGGUAUGAGAUAAAAGCGCACGGAUCUUUUGAUCGUUUGAGUACUUCCGAAAUGUCAGAGCCUUCAGAACCAGGAUCAUCUAUUGGGGCGGCUAUCGCUGCUUCUGUGACAAUUCCCUCGGAUGCAACACGCACCGUUACAUUUUCGUUGGCAUGGGAUUGCCCCGAAUUAAGAUUUUCUAGUGGAAAGACUUAUUACAAGCGCUACACUAAGUUCUACGGUAUUCAUGGGGAUGCUGCUGCAGAUAUUGCGCGCGAUGCUAUUCUGGAGCAUCGGCAUUGGGAGUCCCAGAUUGAGGCAUGGCAAAGACCCAUUCUUGAAGACAAGAGGCUUCCAGAAUGGUACGCGGUUACUCUUUUCAAUGAGCUGUAUUAUCUCAAUUCAGGAGGAACAGUUUGGACAGAUGGAUCGCCACCGCUGCAUAGUGUAGCAAGCAUUGGAGGAAGGAAGUUUUCUCUUGAUAGAUCAUCAUUGGGUUUGAAAAGUAUUAUCGAUUCAUCUGAUCAAAGUGACACUGCAAUCGACAUUCUUGAAAGGAUGACUUCGGUACUCGAGCAGAUACAAGCUCCAGCCUCAUCAAAAUCUGCAUGUGGAACAAGUCUGCUUCAAAAGGGAGAUGAGAACAUAGGUCAAUUCCUUUAUUUCGAAGGAGUCGAAUAUCAGAUGUGGAACACCUAUGAUGUCCAUUUCUACUCAUCGUUUGCACUAGUUAUGCUAUUUCCGAAACUUGAGCUCAGUGUCCAGAGAGACUUUGCCGCAGCAGUAAUGAUGCAUGACCCGAGCAGGAUGAAACUUCUACAUGACGGAAGUUGGGGUCCGAGAAAGGUUCUUGGAGCGAUUCCUCAUGACAUCGGAAACAAUGACCCUUGGUUCGAAGUGAAUGCAUACAACUUAUACGACACGGAUAGGUGGAAGGACUUGAAUCCUAAAUUUGUUCUCCAAAUUUAUAGAGACGUGGUUGCCACCGGCGAUAAGAAGUUUGCUCAAGCUGUUUGGCCGUCGGUUUAUGUUGCAAUGGCGUACAUGGACCAGUUUGAUAAGGAUGGUGAUGGGAUGAUUGAGAAUGAAGGCUUCCCUGAUCAGACCUACGAUACAUGGUCGGUCUCUGGUGUGAGCGCAUAUUGUGGUGGACUGUGGGUGGCAGCAUUGCAGGCUACAGCUGCCCUGGCUCGUGAAGUCGGUGAUAGAGGUUCCGAGGAUUAUUUUUGGUUCAAGUUUCAGAAAGCAAAAGCGGUUUAUCAGAAAUUAUGGAACGGAUCUUACUUCGACUACGACAGCAGUGGUCAAAGUUCGUGUUCGUCGAUUCAAGCAGAUCAGCUUGCUGGACAAUGGUAUUCCAUAGCAUGUGGCCUUUCACCAAUUGUUGAUCAAAAGAAGGCAAUUAGUGCACUGGAGAAAAUCUACAAUUACAAUGUCUUAAAGGUCAAGGAUGGGAGACGAGGGGCAGUUAACGGGAUGCUACCCGAUGGAAGGAUUGACACGACAGCAAUGCAAUCGAGAGAAAUAUGGUCCGGUGUCACAUACGCUCUUGCCGCGACGAUGAUCCAGGAAGAUAUGAUUGACGUUGCAUUUAAGACCGCGGCUGGAAACUAUGAAACUGCAUGGUCGGAGGAAGGACUUGGUUACUCUUUUCAAACUCCGGAAGCUUGGAACUCGGACGACGAAUAUAGAUCUUUGGCAUACAUGCGUCCUUUAGCCAUAUGGGCAAUGCAGUGGGCGCUAACUAGACCGAAACCGUCUGAGCAGCCGGCGGUGAGACCAGAAAUCGAUGAGAUUUUGUUGCUGAAGCACCAUGUAGGGUUCUCAAGAGUUGCCAGGCUUCUCAAGUUGCCAGAAGAGAAAGCACCUAGAAGUCUUUUUCAAGUUGUCUUUGACUAUACCUGCAAGAGGAUGUGGAUGUGAGUUUAUUUUUUUCUUUCAGUAUCUGCUAAUCUUGUUCAUAAAUAAUUAUUGGGUGUUGUAUCAUUUAUUUACUAAUGGUGGUGAACUAGCAAUAUUUCUACUUGAAUAAAAUACCAAUU